GGGGUUCGUCAUCCGCACAGUGAAAUUUGUUUUCUGUCCUUUACGGGUUGGUGGUGAAGGUUGGUGGUAAAAGUUUGUCCUUUUGGAAGCAGCUUCGCAAGCUCAAACGAUCAUCUGAGGCAAUUGGUCAUCAGCUGUGAAGGUGGUUGAUAUGUACAGCUGAUUAUUGAUUGGCUCACCUUACAGCUAAACUAUCCCGCUGCCCAGUGGAUGCCCCUCCUGGGUGUGGCACUCCCCCAAAAGUGGAUUGGGUUCUGGAUUUUGUAUAAUCUCCAUGCUCAUGUAAACAUGUGAACUUGCCAAUCAAUGGAAGAGUACAGAUAUUGGCGAGCUUGUUUUGCACGUGGAUUGAUUGGAAGCCAAAGUGGUUUCUGGUGGCACAAAGCCAUGACUUCGCACAAGAUUGGCCUUUUCAAAAAGGGUGGUCAAAUCGGCGCAGUCGGGAAAAUCCUGGCUGUGCUUCUCCUGCUCGGGAUGGUUGCUGAUUUACCUGACAGUGUACAAGGCGCCGCUGUUGAUCAUGUAAGCACCCUGCUGGAGUUCCGUAAUAUAUACUGUGAUCUGCCUGAUUGGGUGAAUACAUCAAACCCUUGUGUGGGCAACUGGACUGGGAUUACAUGCAGCGCCGUUGCUGGGGAUCUUGAGAUCACCGAGAUAAAUUUGAGAAACAGAAGCUGUUAUGGGACCAUUCCCAGAUCUCUUCAGAACAUCAGAACCCUGACAUCAUUGAGGCUGGAGUACAAUAACUUCACUGAUAACUUUCCAGGCUUCCUACAUAUGUUGCCAGAACUGAGAUACUUGGACCUCACAAACAACACCAUUUCUGGGUCACUUCCAAGAGAGAUUGCCAAUUUCACAAGCCUUGAAAUACUGAACGUUUCUAACAACCGUCUUAAUGGGGUGCUUCCCGAGGAAUUUGUUAUGCUCAAGAAGCUUCGAAACAUUGCUGUACCUGAGCGUGGUUCCGUAGGCAUGGAAGAGUUGUUUCCAGAAUUGGGAGAGGAAGCGGGGGUCGCGAUCACUAAUGAUAUUCUCGGGGAGGCCGUGGUGUCGGGCGACAUGGUCGAAGAAGAGAAUGGCAAUGUCUUUGGCAUGGAGUUGGAUGUGGGUCAUGGCGGCAUAGACUUUCUCAGGGGGUUUGUGGUCGGGGCGGCGGAAGAGGGCAUCGGCAACGCGGUUGCUCUUGCCAAGGGUGUGACAAAUGGUAAAGAGGAUGGCGAGAACUUGGCGGAGAUGAUCAAGGUGGGACUCGAAGGUGGGGCUAAAAACAAGGAUGUCGUCGAGGUAGAUCACGACACAAACUUCGAGGAGGUCGCGAAAGAUGUGGUUCAUGGUGGAUUGGAAUGUGGCGGGGGCGUUAGUGAGACAGAAAGGCAUUACGAGAAACUUGUAGUGCCCGAAGCGGGAGCGGAAGGCGGUUUAGUGGGUGUCCUCCUCGCGGAUGCGGAUCUGGUGGAAGCCACUGCGGAGGUCGAUCUUGGUGAAGUAUUUGGCUCCACGGAGGCGAUCAAGAAGUUUGGAUAUCCGGGGAAGCAGAUACUUGUUCUUGAUCGUGAUCCGGUUCAAGGCGCGGUAGUCCGUGCACAUGCAGAGUUCCGAGGUGCCAUUCUUCUUGACGAAGAGACAGCUGGUACCGAAGGGGGAGGAGCUAGGCUUAAUGAAUCCUUUUUCAAGGAGUUCAUUGAGCUGGCGCUUCAUUUCUUCGGCCUCGGGGACGGAGAGCUGGUAUGGGGGGCGGCAAGGGGGGGAGUGGCCGGGCUCGAGAUCGAUGGUGUGGGAAACACCUUGGUCGGGAGAGCGGAGGUGAGGAAGGCGAUCAUGGUGGAGAAGGCGGGUAAGGAGAUCGGUGAGAGGCAGCUCGGGCUCAUGGGUGAGGGCUGCGGCGAGGUGGGGGAAGCAUACCCGCUUGCGGGAGAUGAAGACGUAGUCGGGAAUGAGAGUCGACGGGAUGUGGAGGCGGAGGGGGCGAACGUAAUGGAUGAAUCGCUCGGUGGGGCUGGUUUGGCGGAGGUUGCAAAAUUGAUCGAUGUAGUCAUCAAUGGUCUUUUGCGGACGGAAGGUGGCGAUGAGAAGGUCGGCCCAUUGAAGGAAGGUGAUGCGGGGAAGGUCGUUGGCUCGGCGGUUGUUGGCUUCGAGGAAAAGGAGGACGUCCUCGUGGGGGAGGCCGGAGAACGUCGCGAUAUCGGUGGCGCGGAAGGAACGAGGAAUGUCCCCGUUGCGAGGGACAAUGCAAGCGAGGUUGUUGAAGUUGCGGUCGUCGGGAGAGGUGUCGUAGCAGGGAAUACUUUGGUUUCGGGUGGUGUACUUGGUGGUCUUCCGGCAAAUUUGCAUACCAUGGAAUCCUUACUGGAAUUCAAUGUAUCUCGCAACCAAUUUGGUGGUGAGCUUACUGCUAAGAUCGGCCUACUUCCGAAGAUUGAGAUUUUGGACAUUUCAAGAAACUAUUUCAGAGGCUUUCUGCCAGAAGAAAUUGGAAAUUUGACGACGUUAAAAUAUCUGGAUCUGAACACCAAUGGUUUCAAUGGACCCCUUCCACAUUCGAUUGGGAAGCUCAUCCAGCUGGAAACACUAGGCAUAAGGGCCAACGGAUUUGGGGAGGACAUUCCUAAGGAGCUGGCAAACCUUAAAAACUUGACUCGAUUGUUUUUGCGUUACAACCAAUUUGGAGGCCUUAUACCGUCGGAGCUCGGUGACCUCACAGGACUCGUUGAGCUGUUCCUUAACGACAACAAGUUAACCGGGGGGAUUCCAGAAACGUUCGAACAUCUGACCAAUUUGAAGUCCUUCCAUGUUGGCGGAAAUAAACUUUCAGGACGUAUUCCUUCAUUUCUAGGCAAAUUCAAAGACUUGAAGUUACUGAACCUUAGCAACAACUCUUUUUCUGGGCGAAUACCAUGGACUUUGACAGAUAUCACAUACCCGAAGGGUGAACUGAAAACAAUCCUUCUAUAUUGGAAUGAUUUAUCAGGAGAGGUGCCAGAAGGUUUCCAAAAUAUCAACAUGUCAGGUGAUGGGAACUUCACGAUAACAGAUAACCCCCGUCUUUGUGGGAAUGGCACGAUGUAUGGUGUUUCAGUGUACAAGGCUGGGUUGAAGCCGUGUGUUCCCGAACAUGUGUCCACUGUAAUGAUCGUGGUGAUCGUGCUAUCGGCCCUUGUUGUUAUAUUUUGCUCAGUGGCGAUUGUACUCCUAUAUCGCCGCAAACAACAGUUAGCCAGAGCUAAAUGGGAAGCAAUGGUCUGCCAGCAAGACGGACAGGAACAUGAUGAAGAGAAUGCACCGUCAGAAGUGCCUACGUUCAAGCCCUGUGGUGUUAACUAUUCAGUUGCUGAAAUCGAGAAGGCGACAUCUAAUUUUGCCAUACUCCUGGGAAGGGGAGGCUAUGGGCCAGUUUAUAAGGCAGUGCUUCCAGAUGGGGUAGAGGCUGCUGUCAAGAUUCAGCAAAAGCACACCAAGCAAGGGGAUCAGGAAUUCAUCACAGAAAAUGAGCUCCUUGGACGCCUUCAUCACAAGAAGCUUGUGAAUCUUCUGGGCUACUGUACAAAUGACGUGGUGCGAAUGCUUGUGUAUGAAUUCAAGUCAAAUGGAAGCCUCUUUAGCCAUCUCCACGGAGAGAAAGCUCAUCCAGAGAAAAUCACCUGGCCAAUGAGAUUGAAGAUUGCAUUGGAUGUCGCCGAGGGCCUUCAGUACCUGCAUCACGGCGCGGAUCCACCAGUCAUACACAGGGAUAUAAAAUCGGGGAACAUAUUGCUGGACGUGCACUUCAAUGCAUACAUUGCUGACUUCGGGAUCAGCAAAGAAGGACCCACUGAUCUGGGAAAUAACAUGACAGUAGGAGUUACUUCCGUUGUCAAGGGCACACCAGGGUAUUUGGACCCUGAGUACUUCUACUCACGGAAGCUGACAAGGAAAAGUGACGUGUACAGUUUUGGUGUCCUCCUGAUGGAGCUUUUGACGGGCACGAACCCCUGUACCAGUGGUGUGAGCCUAUCGGAAAUUGCAAGGAGUUUGGAUCAAUCCAUGAAAAUCGCCGAUCUGAUUGACCCCAGUCUGUGUGGGGACUACAAUGGUCACGAGGCCUGGACCAUGGCGCAGGUUGCCGCGAAAUGCGUCCACCGAGAUGUGGAUAAAAGGCCAAGAAUGAAGGCAGUGUUGGCCAUGCUUGAGAAUCAAAUCCCUGUGCCCAUAGGAGACACCAAUACAGAGGAGUUCACAGGAGAGUGCAGCGCGGUGAAGCUCUUGCCUGGACAAUGUGGAUCAGAUGCAAACGGGAGAAGCUUCGGGUCGUCAAGCCCGAGAAACUUGAAAACGGACAUAAAAUUUGCAACAGCAUCGGAGGGUACGGACGAGGAGAAGGUGAUCACGAUUGUGGAAGAAUCUCUGACCAAUUUUUACCCCCGUUGAUUUUUCUGCAAAUCCUUGGUGCGCAGGCUUCAGAGAACAAACAAAAUAUCGUCAGCAGAAUCUUUCCGUCGGGUGAUGUUUCUGCAAAGCCUUGGUGCGCAGGCUUCAGAGAACAAACAAAAUAUCGUCAGCAGAAUCUUUCCGCCCGUUGAUUUUUCUGCAAAGCCUUGGUGCGCAGGCUUCAGAGAACAAAAUAUCGUCAGCAGAAUCUUUCUGUCCGUUGAUUUUUCUGCAAAUCCGUGGUGCGCAGGCUUCAGAGAACAAAAUAUCGUCAGCAGAAUCUUUCCGUCCGAUGAUGUUUCCGUUGAUUUUUCUGCAAAUCCUUGGUGCACAGGCUUCAGAGAACAGACAAAAUAUCGUCAGCAGAAUCUUUCCGUCCGUUGAUGCUGCUGAACAUACUCCUUCGUGCACAGGCUUCAGAGAGAAAGGUCGUGUGAAAGGUUGCAUAGAGAGAACACUGUCCACGUGAGCGCAGACACAUCCAAGCGACAGAAACAUCGUCACUCGAACUCCGGCAAUCGACAAGUCACACAGUUUGACAAUAGUGAAUUCACAAAAAAAAAAAAAAAAAAAAAAAAAACAAGAAGCUAAUCAGAUUAGCGGCGUAGAAUAAGCAUGAAAAUUGCCGCGGCCCGGCAUUACCCCUCUACAUGUGUCUCGGCUAGCGGCAGGAGUCUAGCCUCGUGAGAGAGGCCGCCGGCAGAAAGAAGUCAACUGUUGAUUUUGCUGCAAAUCAUUGGUGCACAUGGGGCGCAGAGUAACGCGGGCAUGGCUGGGUGGGUGAUCCACAAAAGAAAACGCACCUCGGGAGCACGGAUCACAGAAACUGAUCUUCCUAAUCAAUCAUCAUUAUCAUCAUCGUCGUCAUCGUCUUUUUUUUUUUUUUUUUUUUUCAACAUCGUCCUCAUCGUCAUCACCCAGCCCAAUGCAUUCUUUUUCUUUUCCUUCUCUUCUUUUGAUUCAGCGCAUUGUUCCGCCAUGUCUUCCCCCCUGUCGUCCGAUCACUGACAGCAAUUGUUUGGCGAUGCUUGUGGCAAAUGAAUUCAAGAUGGUAUUUAGAAUUUUAGAGCCUAAUCCGCAUCGCCCAGUUUGUGGAGAAAGGGGCCUACAGGCAGCAUGUCUUUAAUUGGAUUUCCUUUUUUAACUUCUCUCGAAAUGAAAUUCGAUAAAUGAAUAAAUAUAGGGUAAGCUUCGCCCUUUUUUUUGUUUGUUUUCCUUUUUUUCAGAUUUUUUUUUGAAUUGUUUUCGUAAUUUGAUUAUUUCAAAAUGAAAAUCAUUUAGCGCA